ACGUUGCAGUGUCCCUCCUCGGCAGUCGGUCCAUGGACGGCUCACAAAAUUGAGCAAAGUUUUGGGACAUCAGGGUUCUCGUGCAGCUGGCAGACCCCCCCUGUCAGGACCCGUUCUCUGUCCGGCUCUGGGGUCCCCCCUCAUAGAGUUAAUGACGGUGGCUGACGGUGACACGCUCAUCAUGCCCGUCCGAGCAGAGUGCCUCAGUACCGGCGGCCCGGCCUGCCCAUCCUCGGCCUCGCUUGUUCCCCCUGCCCCGAUCAACACCUUCCAGCCGGGGGUGGCCACCUCGCUGCUGUACAGCGGCUCACAGUUUCGGGGUUAUCAGAAAAGCAAAGGCAACUCCUACGACGUGGAGGUUGUUUUGCAGCACGUGACAGUGGAGGACUCGUAUUUGUGUGGAUACCUGAAGAUCAAAGGCCUGACUGAGGAGUAUCCAACUCUCACAACAUUCUUUGCUGGUGAAAUUAUCAGUCGAAAAAGGCCUUUUCUGACCAGGAAGUGGGACGCAGAUGAGGACGUGGACAGAAAGCACUGGGGAAAGUUCCAGCCUUUUUACAAAUAUGCCAAAAGCUUCAACUCGGAUGACUUUGAUUAUGAAUUGCUGGACAACAGUGAUUACGUCUUCAUGAGGUGGAAGGAGCAGUUUCUAGUGCCGGACCACACUAUCAAAGACAUUAGUGGCGCCUCCUUCGCUGGCUUCUAUUACAUCUGUUUCCAGAAGUCCACAGCCAAUAUCGAGGGUUAUUAUUACCAUAGGAGCUCAGAAUGGUACCAGUCUUUAAACCUAAACCAUGUUCGGGAGCACAGUAUGCCUAUUUAUGAGUUUCGCACUUUGUCUCUGUCGUUCAUCAUGGAGGCCCAGCGGUAUCCCAUCAGUGUCGGUCUGAUCGGAGUGAUGCACAAGGAGAAGUGCAAAAUGUUUAUGACCUCCGUGCUUUGGUCGGACCAGAAUGAGAUUGUAGUUUACAGGACUUUUCAGGAUUUCAAGACAAUGCACAAACAAUUGAAGAAAGCAUUCCCACCUGCAAAUAAAAUGAAAAAAUCCGACAGAAUCCUUCCCAAAUUUCAAGACAACAAGGUGAACGCUGCCGGACAGAAAAGAGGUCCGAGCAAGUCCCUGCUGCGCCUCAAGUUCUUGCAAAAAUACUGUAAUGAACUUCUGAGCUGCGACCCGCAGGUCUCUCAGUCUGCAGACCUCAUCCAGUUCUUCCACCCCAAAGACCAGGACCUGCAGCCGGAGUUCGCCAAGAACAGCAUCAUGAUCAUGCCAUCAGUCGAUGACGUCAGCCCCCAUGCAGGACAGGUCCAAGGUGGUAACGUGACCCAGCCAUUCGUCACAGAGACCUACAGAUGCGUGGCCGCUUACGAGACCAAAGACACCAAGAACAAACCUUUCAAAGUGGUGGUGGACGAAAAUGUGGACGUGUUAAUCAAAGACAAAGCAGGGUGGUGGCUUGUGGAGAAUGAAGACAAGCGGAUGGCCUGGUUCCCCGCCCCGUACCUGGAGAAGAUUGAUGAUGAUAUUGAUGAGGAUGAAGAUGACAUAAAUGGGAGCUCUGAUAGAGGAGAACUGUACACUGCAGUCAAGAGCUACAAGGCCACCAAAGACGACGAGAUAACCGUGGCCAUCGGUUCAGUGGUGGAGGUCCUGCAGAAGUCCGACAACGGCUGGUGGCUCAUCAGGUACAACGGUAAAGCAGGUUACAUCCCCACCAUGUACCUGCAGCCCUACAACUACCCUCAUAUCCGCAUGACGGCCCACCAUCAGGGUCACCGCCACUCCUCUCCAAACCAAAUCCCUUCCCUGACCCUGGAUCAGCAGUCCAACCAGCUCAGCCUCUCACAAGGAAACCUGCUUCAACUUCCACCCCUCAGAUCGUCCACACCCAGCCUGCUCCCACCGAACAGAUGGCAGAAAUCAAACUCUCUCGGCAACCUGUUCGAUCAGCCUCCCUCUCAGCCUGCAGCUCGCCCCGCUGCCAACGUUGCCACCUCACCCACGACCGCAAACAUCAGCGCUCCGCCCACAAUCAUGGUGGAGAUGGACGGAGAAGAGGAGCGGCGGGGGAUGAGCCAGAGAGCAGACAGCGAGGGAAGCCUUUCGAGCAACAGCGACCUCAACGAUGAGCUCGAUUCUUCCUGGGCGAGCUCCACGUCCUUCAACCUGAGCCAAAGCUACAACGAGGAGCAGCUGCGUCUCAGCCGGACGCCUCCCCCCAUAACGGGCAACCGCCUGAGCCCGGCCGGCGUCACUGAGAGGAAAAUGAUCCCGAGUACUUCUGAUCCAAACCUCUACAAGGGCCCGGCAGCACCUAAGGUGCCACCCAGACCACGGGCCCAGGAGAUCCUCACCCGUUGCUCCACUGUCACCCGCAAGAACGCAACCAAAGUCAGCCUGUCACCCACACCAACAGAGAUAAUGAGCCACUGAAGUUUAUACUGAUGGGAGUCAUCUUUAUUAUCAGGGAACUGUAUCCAUG